AUGCUUGGAGUUGAAGUCAAAUGUUUACCCACAUUUGCCGCUUAUUGUAACACUCUCAGUGGAAGUCAUUUUCAAGCAAAGGCUAAAGAAUAUUACGAAAAAGCGCUUGCCAUCGCGAUAGAAAUUGGUGACAAAGAAGGAGAAGAAGGAACAUACGGGAAUCUUGGAGCUGUGUUUGAUUCCCUUGGUGAACAUCAGAAGGCACUUGCCAUCGCGAUAGAAAUUGGCGACAAAAAAGAAGAAGGAAGAAUUAACGGGAACAUUGGUACUGUGUUUCAAUGCCUUGGCGAAUAUCCGAAGGCUAGGGAACACCACGAGAAAGCACUUGCUAUCGCGAUAGAAAUUGGCGACAGACAAGGGGAAGGAAUAAGUAACGGGAACAUUGGAACUGCGUUUCAAUCCAUUGGCCAAUAUCAGAAGGCUAACGAAUAUUACGAGAAAGCACUUGCCAUCGCGAUAGAAAUUGGCGACAGACAAGGAGAAGAAAUAAUUAAUAAAAACCUUGGAGCUAUGUGUCAAUUCCUUGGAAAACAUCAGAAGGCUAAAGAAUUUCACGAGAAAGCACUUACCAUCGCGAUAGAAAUUGGCGACAAAAAAGAAGAAGGAAGAAUUAAGGGGAACCUCGGAGUUGUGUUUGAUUCCCUUGGCGAAUAUCCGAAGGCUAAGGAACACCACGAGAAAGCACUUGCUAUCGCGAUAGAAAUUGGCGACAGAGAAGGGGAAGGAAUAAGUAACGGGAACAUUGGAACUGCGUUUCAAUCUAUUGGCCAAUAUCAGAAGGCCAACGAAUAUUACGAGAAAGCACUUGCCAUCGCGAUAGAAAUUGGCGACAGACAAGGAGAAGAAAUAAUUAAUAAAAACCUUGGAGCUAUGUGUCAAUUCCUUGGCAAACAUCAGAAGGCUAAAGAAUUUCACGAGAAAGCACUUGCCAUCGCGAUAGAAAUUGGCGACAAAAAAGGAGAGGGAAGAAGUAAGGGGAACCUCGGAGUUGUGUUUAAUUCCCUUGGCGAAUAUCCGAAGGCUAAGGAACACCACGAGAAAGCACUUGCUAUCGCGAUAGAAAUUGGCGACAAACGAAGAGAAGGAUUAAUUAACGGGAACCUUGGAGCUGUGUUUGAUUCCCUCGGCGAAUAUCAGAAAGCUAAAGAAUAUCACGAGAAAGCACUUGCCAUCGCGAUAGAAAUUGGCGACAAACUAGGUGAAGGAACAAGCAACGAGAACCUCGGAGUUAUGUUUCAAUCCCGUGGCGAAUACAAGAAGGCUAAAGAAUAUCACGAGAAAGCACUUACGAUCGCAAUAGAAAUUGGCCACAAACGAAGAGAAGGAAUAAGCAAUGGGAACCUUGGAGCUGUGUUUGAUUCCCUCUGCGAAUAUCAGAAGGCUAAAGAAUAUCACGAGAAAGCACUUGCCAUCGCAAUAGAAAUUGGCCACAAACGAGGAGAAGGAAGAAGCAACGGGAACCUCGGGGUUGUGUUUGAUUCCCUCGGCGAAUAUCAGAAGGCUAAAGAAUAUCACGAGAAAGCACUUGCCAUCGCGAUAGAAAUUAGCGACAAAAAAGAAGAAGGAAGAAUUAAGGGGAGCCUCGGAGUUGUGUUAUAUUCCCUUGGCGAAUAUCUGAAGGCUAAGGAACACCACGAGAAAGCGCUUGCUAUCGCGAUAGAAAAUGGCGACAGACAAGGAGAAGGAAUAAGAAGAAGUAACGGGAACAUUGGAAAUGUGUUUCAAUCCCUUGGCCAAUAUCAGAAGGCUAAAGAAUAUCACAAGAGAGCACUUGCCAUUGCGAUAGAAAUUGGCGACAGAGCAGUAGAAGGAAGAAGCAACGGGAACCUCGGUCAUCUGUCUUUGCUUCCGUGA